AUGUCUGUGUGUGCAUAUUUUUCGAAACUGAAAGAUUUGUGGGAUGAGUUUGAAGCACUUGUUCCUGCACCAAACUGUGAAUGUGAUAAAUCAAAAGAUUUUGUGGUGCAUCUUCAAAAAUUGAAGUUGUUUCAGUUCUUGAUGGGAUUAAAUGAGUCAUAUCUUCAAGCAAGAAGUCAAAUAUUGCUUAUGAGUCCUUUGCCUUCAGUAAAUCAAGCUUAUACUAUGAUUGUAAGUGAGGAAAGUCAUAAGGCAGUAGCUACAAGUGCUGGAGUAUUGGGAGUUAGGCCAGGUGCACAGUUGCGAGAGGAGAAUUGUUGGAAGUUAAUUGGCUACCCUCCUGAUUUCAAGACCAAGAGAAAGCAAAGAAUAGAAAGUGGUGCUGCAUAUAAUGUAGUGGCUGGUCAGUCUGGUGAACAAUGCUCUCAAGUAAAGGCAAGGACAUAUGAUCAAGAAGAUUCUGAAGUACAGAUGUCUAUGAUAAGUCAGAUAGGUAAAGCAGCUUUCACACAAGAGCAAUACAAUCAGAUUCUAAAGAUGAUCCAUACUGGUAGUAUAUCAACACAGGAGACUGAGGCAGCAGAUGUGGCUAAUGUCGCAGGUAUAAGCAGUGUUUUUCUAGCUUGUUCUAAGUCACAACAGUGGAUAAUGGAUACAGGAGCUACUCAUCAUAUAGUGUCUAAAUUACGUAUGCUUGAUGAGUCUUCUGGGGUAAUAUCUGAAAAAGUAAAGAGGGUCUGUCUUCCUAAUGGUGAUACAACUGUAGUUGCUAAUGUAGGGAAAAGUUAUUUGCCAGAGGGGAACAAUAUUUCUAAUGUAUUGCAUACUCCUCAGUUCAAUUAUAACCUACUCUCAGUGUCCAAGGAUCUUUACACUGGGAAGGUGAGAGCAAUUGGAAGAGUUAAUGGUGGUCUGUAUUUCCUGGCUGAUCAGAGUGCUAAAAAGGCAACUAGUUGUGGAGACAAUGAAGUAUUAACUGCUAAUACCGUGGAGAAGAAACAAGCAGAAGUGGACUUAUGGCAUAGGAGGCUUGGGCAUGUAUCUUCUAAUGUACUAAAAAGGAUUUUAUCUGUUGAGAAGUUGCCAAGUUCAGUUAUUCAUUAUCAUACUCCUUAUGAAAGGUUGUAUGGAAAGAAACCUAAUUGUGAUCAUCUUAGAGUAGUGGGGUGCUUGUGCUAUGCUAAGGUUGUGAAUGAGCAUGACAAGUUGUUGUCUAGAACAAAGUCCACUGUCCUCAUGGGGUUUUCUGAUACUCAGAAGGGAUAUGUGUUGUAUGAUAUGCAGUAUAAGUUAGCUAACAUAACCAUAAGUGGAGAAUCAGUGGAGGUUGUAUCUGACAUAAGGAGUAAGAUUUCUGAUACUACAAGUUCACAAGGUGCAGUCUUAGAUGGUCAACAUGAACAACAUGAGGUGACACAAGAUGAUACAACCAGUUCACAGAGAGUGCAAGACCAGAGGAAGUCAACUAGAGAGAGGAAGACUCCAGUGUGGAUGACUGAUUUUGUGUCAUUAAACAUUCACCAAGAAGUACCCUAUGCCUUAUCAAAGUAUGUGUCUUAUGGAAGGUUGUCCAAAGAGUAUAUGGCAUAUAUAGCAGCCUCUUCCUCAGUUACUGAGCCAACUACUUACUUAGAAGCCAGUAAAGACCCAAGAUGGAUACAAGCUAUGAAGGAGGAAAUAGAGGCUUUGAAUCAGAAUCAUACUUGGGAUGUAGUUAGUCUACCUAAAGGCAAGAAAUCAAUUGGUUGUAGGUGGGUGUACAAAGUAAAGUAUAAGGCUUCAGUUGAGGUAGAGAGUUUAAAGCUAGGUUAG